AUGUCUUCUGUCUUCUUCCUGUGCCAGCGCUGCAACCAGCCCCUGAAAUUCUCACAGACGCUCUGUGCGAUGCAGAAAGAGCCCUUGAAAGCCCAGCCUUGUGUCAGCACCCCCACAAAGACACCCGUCUCUGGGGAGCUACAGGCCAGGACCUCCGGCAGACCCUUUCCUGACUAUGGCAGGACAUCCCAGGAAAGUGCCUGCUGCACCUUCACUCUGCUGGGUGAGUUUACCACCCUGAGAACUUUGAACAGUAUCCAGAACACUACCCUAGAGACCUCUGAAAUCCUCUCUGGCCAAAAGGAUGUGGACCACCCGCUGUGUGACGAAUGUAUGGACAAUCUUCUGAGGCAACUAGAUGCCCAACUCACUCUCGUUGAAUCUGACAACCAGAAGUACAGAAGUUUCCUGGAGAGAGAGUCGCUGGUGAGCGAGGAGGAGAAGGAGGCCAUGCACACAGAGCUUUGGGCUGAGCUGCGGGGUCUAGAGCAGGAGGAAGCAAGGCUGGCUCAGGAGCUGAAGGACAUAGACCACCGUCAUGCCAGAAUUGCCGCCGAGCUCAGAGCAGCCCAGGCGGAGAGCGAGGCGCUGCAUCAACAGAAGGAGCAGGACAGGAUGGACUACUCUGCCUUGAAAAUGGACCAGCUGGAGCUGAUGGACCAGCUGAGCAGUGUGGAGAACCAGUUGGCCUAUGCCCAGAGGCAGCUGCGGCGCCUGAGAAAGACCAAUAUCUUCACCAUCACGUUUACCAUCUCGGAUGAGGGUCCCUUGGGCAUUAUCAACAACUUCAGGUUGGGCUGCCUCCCUGGCAUCCAGGUGGGAUGGGAUGAGAUCAACGCCGCCUGGGGACAGACAGCCUUACUGCUCUUCAGCUUGGCCAAGAUAGCUGGACUGCAAUUCCAGAGGUACCAACUUGUUCCCCGCGGGGACCAUUCCUACCUCAAGUCCUUGACUGGCGAUGGGGUGCUGGUUUUGUUCUCGGAUGGGAGUCACAGCGUCUUCUUGAAUAACAAGUUUGACCGUGGGAUGCAGGCCUUUCUGGAUUGCCUGCAGCAGUUUGUGGAGGAAGUUGAGAAGGAGGAAGGGUGCUUCUUCCUGCCCUACAGGAUCCAUGUGAAGGAAGGUAUGAUGGAGGACUCCUGGGGCAGUCGGGAGUGCUACUCCAUCAGAACCCACCUGAACACAGAGGACGAGUGGGUAAAGGCUCUUAAAUGCAUGCUUACCAACUUGAAGUUGCUUCUUGCUUGGGCUUCCCUAAGGUACUGUGUCGAGAAGAGACCAAACUGA